AGGCGAGCACACUGAGUAGCAGUGUGUCGUCGGGUUCUGUGUUAGCGUAGGGAUUUUGUGUGUGUGUAUACUGCUUAGAUCCAGGUUGGUUAUCACCUGUCGACCAGCAUUCCUGUGUGUUUAUACUGCUUAGAUCCAGGUUGAUUAGCACCUGUAGACCAGCGUUCCUGUGAGUGGAUAUUGCGUAGAGCCAGGUGAUUAGCACCUGUAGACCCGCACCAGCUGUGUGUUUCCACAGUCCCGUUUUGUUUAUUGUUUGUUUCCACUUUAGUAGUGAGAUUUGUUUUUCUUUGUGUAGCGGGGCAACUCUCUUUUGGAGACCCUUUGUGUUGUGUUAUAGUGACAGAUUGACCCGUGUUGUGGGGCCAAUCUGUGUGACCAUCAUUUUUACUUAGUUUCAGUAACAAUAAAACCACCGGUAACGAAUAUACCAAAUCCAAUCUGGUCGUGUCGUUUCCCGUUUGUACCCUAGCCAAGUGGGAACGUAACACGUGGGGACUCGUCCGGGAUCAAUUUAAAGCAAUUCCUGGGGUUAUAGGUGGGUUUAUUGUGGCAGUAAACGUGUUGGCGGUACACCCAGGUAUGGCGUCGUUUGACAUAGAGGCGUUCUUAGUCUGGCCGUGUUACGAGCAGCUGGACCGAUGUAAAAAAGAUGAGUUAAUAGAGAUAGCGCGGCACUUCAGUCUGGUGGUGAAUCGGCAAAUGGUAAAGAAAGAGUUGAGGGCAUUGGUAGUGGAUGAGAUGGUGAGAAAGGGCUUAUUAGUACUGGCUGUAUCUGCUGAGCUCCCAGUGUCCAAAGGUCUAGUUGAAGACCCGUUAAGUCAGGGGCAGGCGGCGGAGUUUAUCGCUACGGAAGAAAAGAGUGGUGACAGCGAGGGGGGCGAGUCGUGUGAGGUACCGCUCACGCCGCCUCGCAGAGGUCCACCCUCUUCUGUGGGCAGCACAGAUUCCCGGGUAGGGAAUAAACUGAAAAUCCGUCUCGCCCGGCUUCAGCUAGAGGCUAAGGACAGGGAGCAAGACAGGCAGUUUCAGUUGGAAAUAAGGAAAAUCGAGGCAGAUAAAGAAGUCCGGAUCCGGAUACGGCAGAUGGAGCUAGACUCCGAACUGCGCGCAUCCGGUGUUGUUGGCAAUCUUCGAGAAAGCUUUUCACUUCCUUCUCAUCCACCUGCCUUCAAUGUAGGGAAAAAUGUUGCGUUGGUGCCGGUUUUCCGUGAGGCUGAAGUGGAUGCGUAUUUUGGUGCGUUUGAACGCAUGGCCGCGGCAUUACAGUGGCCGGCUGACGCCUGGGCUCUGUUAGUGCAGUGUAAACUUCACGGGAGAGCUCAGGAGGCGGUUGCUGCUCUUUCACUGGAGGACAGCCUAAGUUACGACCUGGUAAAGCGUGCCAUACUUAGGGUGUACGAGUUAGUUCCCGAGGCUUAUCGGCAGAAGUUCAGGAAUCACAGAAAGGGGGCUAAUCAAACACAUGUCGAAUAUGCCAGGGAGAAGGGGAUGUUGCUCCAUAAAUGGAUUGAUUCAUGUGACGCUGCAGAGUAUUCUGCCUUUAAAGAAUUAAUCCUGAUGGAGGAAUUUAAGAGGGGAUUACCUGACCGUAUUGUGGGGCAUAUAAAUGAUCAGAAAGUGCAAUCUCUCUCCGCAGCUGCUGUACUGGCAGACGAAUAUGUGCUGAUGCAUAAAACGGUGUUUUCUCCGGCUAUUGCUGAGAACUCUCGCCGCAUGCCGGGUGCACCUGUUGGUCAGCCAGCGAGAGUGUUUACGAGGAACAAAGAGGAGAGAGAAUGUCACUAUUGUCAUCAGCCUGGGCAUCUCAUUAAUAAUUGCCUAAUUUUUGAAGCGGAAGGAGCAGCCACCAAACGUGACCAGGCCGAAAGGCAUCGGCUUAAUUAACACUAACUCACUCAGUAUUUCCACACCUGACAAUGAGGAGGAAAUAGAUCCCUGUUUUAAGCCUUUUGUGUUCGAGGGAUUGAUUUCACUAACAGGUGAGUCAGACGAUCAGAGACCUGUCCGCAUACUACGAGACAUGGGAGGCUCACAGUCAGUGAUUGUUGCCUCGGCUCUACCAUUUUCCGAACAAUCAGCGUGUGGGUAUGGAUCGACUUUAUGUGGCAUUGAAAUGGGUUAUGUGCCCCGGCCCGUACAUAAUGUACAUGUACAAUGUAAAUUAAUUACUGGAUUUUUCCCUGUUGCUGUGUGCCCAGCAUUACCCAUAAGGGGUAUAGUUUUCCUAAUGGGAAAUGAUAUCGCAGGGGGUAAGGUAACCCCUGCAUUAGAAAUAUUGGAUUCUCCUCAGCUUGUAGUGCCUGAAGUAAACCAGGCCCACAUUUUCCCUAUUUGUGCUGUCACUCGCGCGCAAGCGCGUAAGAGUAACUCGGAAGUGUCGCUAGAUGAUACUAUGUUUGGGAAAAUAUUCACAGAGGACAAAAUACCGGAGGAAAAGCCAGCAGUGGAGGUUGCUGCAUCCUCCGCGUUCCCGGCUGGAACCGCUGCGCCAGCGCAACCUGCCAGCCCAGCUGUUGACUGUUCCACACUCCCGCGUCUCAUGCGGUGGGCUCUGAUCGUUCAGGACUACAACCUGCAAAUCCGACACAAGAAAGGCUCAGAGAACGUGUUCGCAGAUGCUCUGUCCAGACUGGAGUGAUGUGUUCUGUGGUCAUGGUGUGUGAUGUGUUAUGGUUCACAAAAACCCUGUGGGGUUUGUGUUUU